CCGAAUAAAUUUUUGCUGACGGUGUUUACAAACGAACAUUCAGAUGAGGGCAAGAAAGCUCAGCAGAAGCUUUGGGAUCGUAAAAUCAAGGGUUAUCGAUGCGCAACUUUGCAGUUCUUGUGACCGAAUAAAUUUUCGCUGACGGUGUUUACAAACGAACAUUCAGAUGAGGGCAAGAAAGCUCAGCAGAAGCUUUGGGAUCGUAAAAUCAAGGGUUAUCGAUGCGCAACUUUGCAGUUCUUGUGGUUAGAGACUGAUACUUUGGUUUACGCGCAGUUCGAACGGUUGAGAGGGAACAACGAGUUAUUUGAUUCUGAGGAUCGUUGUCCGGCAACCGGUCACAUCGAUUGCGAUAACGCUAACUAA